AUGUUUCUUCUAUUAUAUCUUGCCAUUGUGACAUUUGCAUUUGACAAGAAGUGGUUACGCCCAAUGGGAGACGUCGAGUGGUCUACAUUUAGUCAAGCAACAGAAAAAGCGCAGCGCAGAAAAUUACCGAUAUUAGGGUUUUUCUCUGGCUUAGAGUGUGCGCAGUGUAGUUCAUAUUUUGAAAUGUUUAAUUACCACCCAACCUUCAAACAAAUUGCUAAAAGAUUUGUUUUGGCUGCUUUGGAUGAGACAGACCCGAGUUAUAACAUGUCUCCUUUAGACCAAGAGGGGUAUUCCCCAAAAUUUGUCUUCUUUGACUCGCAUGGUAAAAUAUUAGACUUUUCGGGGUAUGACGAUCCUUUGCAUAAGUACUUCUGCACAAACAUCGAGUUCUUACUUGAAAAGAUGGGUGAUGUCGAUGACUAUGCCUUUGACCACAAAGAUGAGUUGUAA